AUGACAACAACGCCCCCCUUUCCCUUCCCACCAACCUACAACUUCCCGCCCUUCUUCACCCCGCAACCAAAUACAACCACCCGUCAGUCUCAGCUAGAGAAAUGGUCUUCACUAAUUCAAUCCUGGUGCCGGCACCACCGCCAGUACCGUAUCUCUCUGAUUGAUGCUGUGGAAACUCCGCUCUUUCAUAACGCAGCUCUGCGCAAGCGUCUUGAUCUGCGCGAAGCCCGUGCAGUGGUGGAUUGGAUGACCAAGAGCGAGGAAGAAGGCGGUGGUGGACGGCGGGCGGAGUGGAUUUCUGAUGCUGGAGACUCUUCUUUGCGUAAUGGUGCUGGACAGGCUGUCGCGUGGAUUUGGUGGAGGCGGCCUGAGGAGUGGGCAGAUGUCUUGGCUGAAUGGAUUGAAGGCACCGGACAGCGGGGGACGGUUUUGACGGUUUAUGAGCUUAUUCAGGGAGAUGUGACUAUGUCGCAAGAGUUUCAUGGCAUGGACACCGAUGUCAUGCUCCGCUCGUUAAAUGUCCUUGUGAAGAGAGGCAAGGCGCAAAUAUUUGGCACUGAAGGCCAGGAGGGUGUUAAGUUCUUUUGA